AUGGGUUUUAUACGAGGGGAGAAAUGUGGUCUUAUUAUUGCUGAUGAGACGAUCCAGGAUCUCCAAACAAAGGGAUCCAGGUGUCUGGUGGGAAGUUUGGGAGUACCAAAGAAACUUAAUAAGGAGGCUUUCAAAGCUGUCCUUGUUCGUAUUUGGAGAUUGGGUAGAAACCUUUUCCUGAAAGAAAUUCAGGAGAAUCUGUGGCUUUUUGAGUUUUCUGAAGAGGGGGACAAAGUUAAAGUGAUGGAUGGGCGUCCUUGGUCCUAUGACCGUACUAUACUAAUCCUUAACGACUUCGACGGACAGACCUCUCCUUCGAAAAUGGAUUUUUCGAUCUCCCCAAUAUGGAUCCAGAUCCAUGACAUGCCGCUUGGAUGUAUGAAUCGGGCAGUUGGGUUUCAAAUCGGGAGUUCGCUGGGAUCGGUGGAGGACAUGGCUGUGGCAAAAGACGAUGUGGGAUGGGGACGCUACCUCCGUGUAAGGGUGGCGAUUAACCUCCACCAACCUCUCGAACGUGGGAGGUCGUUGAUUAUCUUAGGGAAAUCGAAGUGGGUUUCUUUCAAAUACGAAAAACUUUCGGUUUUCUGCUUCCAGUGUGAUCGGAUUAUUCAUGGAUCGAAAGGGUGUCCAGAGGAGAACAGCCGGCAACCUAGCCAUGAUGGGGGGCUAGAUGGGUGGGGUUCCUGGUUGAGAGCUGAUGAUCAAUCCAGAAGACAGGGGCUCCCUAAGGGCCAGCGAACCAACCGCCCCCCCUCACCGGUGAGGCCGGUCCCCGGCCAGAGUGGGGUCCCAUCAGGGAGUUUGCCGGAUAAGGCAAAACAGAUGGACGCAGAAGUCGAGGAGAGAAAUCCUGUGAAUCCCUCCCUCCCUGAAAACAACGGCCCUCCUAAAUCGAAACGUCAAAAUCUCAUUAUUGAUAAGUCUGAGGUGGCACUAGAGCAGAGCUCGCUUUUUCCUGCACAGCCGAAGAGGGAGCUUCAGGAGCAGAUCUCGAAUCCCGGGUUUCUCACUCCUAGCCAUGAUAGGGGGGCUCUGAUUUCGUCUGGAGCCCUGAAGAGUACAAAAGGAAAGAAAUGA